AUGGGCCAGAGCAAUAAUGUUACAGAAUUUGUCUUCCUGGGCCUCACACAGGAUCCUGCUGGGCAAAAGACAUUAUUUGUCAUGUUUUUACUAAUGUACGUUAUGACAAUCAUUGGCAACUUACUCAUUGUAGUUACUGUUAUAGCCAGUCCCUCUUUGGGCUCCCCAAUGUACUUCUUCCUUGCCUGUCUAUCAUUUCUAGAUAUUGUUUAUUCCACGGCUGUUACACCAAAGUUGAUUAUAGACUUACUCUGUGAUAAAAAGACCAUCUCCUUCACAGCUUGCAUGAUCCAACUCUUUAUAAUGCAUUUAUUUGGUGGUAGUGAGAUUAUCAUUCUAGUGGCCAUGGCCUAUGAUCGUUAUGUGGCAAUCUGUAAACCAUUGUACUAUAUGACCAUCAUGAAUCGACGGGUUUGUGUCAUCUUGUUAUUGGUGACCUGCAUGGGAGGUUUCACACAUUCUCUGAUUCAAAUUAUGUUUGUUUACAACCUUCCUUUCUGUGGACCCCAAGUCAUUGACCAUUUCAUGUGUGACAUGUCCCCAUUAUUAGAACUUGCAUGCACUGAUACCUACUUCAUUGGCAUAAGUGUCAUUGCUAAUGGAGGAGCCAUGUGUGUUGUGGUCUUGAUCCUUCUCAUAGUCUCUUAUGGAAUCAUUCUAAAUUCUCUUAAGACUCAUAGUCAGGAGGGGAGGCGCAAAGCCCUGUCCACCUGCAGCUCCCACAUCAUGGUGGUUGUCCUCUUUUUUGUUCCCUGUAUUGUUAUGUAUGUUAGACCUGUUUCUAAUUUUGCUACUGAUAAAUUCAUCACUGUAUUUUAUACAGUUGUUACUCCUAUGUUGAAUCCUUUAAUAUACACAUUGAGAAAUUCAGAGAUGAAGAAGUCUAUGGAAAAACUGUGGUAUAUGAUGUUAACUUUAGAAAGAAUUAGAAUAUCUCCUCACUGA